AUGCCGAAGCGUAUCCUCUUUGUCUUCACCUCCGCCGAUAAGACCCUCACGGGAGCGCAGACGGGCUGGUACCUGCCCGAGGCCGCGCACCCCUACUACGUGCUCGCGCCCAAGUACGAGAUCGACUUCGCGGCGCCCAAGGGCGCGAACCCGCCCGUGGACGAGGGCAGCGUCCAGAUGUUCGCCGCCGACAAGGGCUUCCUCGAGGACCCCGCCGUGCGGCAGAAGCUCGCCGCCGCUCGGCCGCUCGCCGCCGUCUCCGCCGCGGACUACGACGCCGUCUUCUACCCCGGCGGCCACGGGCCCAUGCUCGACCUCGCGAGCGACCCGGUGAACGCGCAGCUCGCGUCCGAGUUCUUCCGCGCGGGCAAGGUGACCGCGGCGGUGUGCCACGGGCCCGGCGCGCUCGUCGGCGCGACGGACGCGUCCGGUGCGCCGAUCGUCAAGGGCCGCACCGUGACCGGGUUCACGGACAAGGAGGAGGAGCUCGUGGGCAAGGUCAAGGACGUGCCUUUCCUGCUCGAGAGCCGCCUCGUCGCGCUCGGCGGAAAGUUCGAGAAGGCGGCGGAGCCGUGGCAGCCUGCGGUGCGAGUCGACGGGAUUUUGAUUACGGGCCAGAACCCGGCGUCGUCGAAGGGCGUCGGGGAGGCGAUUGACAAGGCGUUGUCUGCUUGA